AAACUCUGAAAAUAAAUAACAACCCUUUAGAAGAGCAGUGGAUUUCCAGACAAAACUGAAACUUGGAACUGUUGCAGCGGCAAGAGCGAGAGCAAGAGCACUUCUUCUUUGAUCCAAUUGGUAAUUUUUGAACCUGAAAAUCAAUCUCUACUCUUUCAGCUCAAGGAAAAGGAAGCCUUGAUGUUACGCCCAUGUGCUUGUGCGCGUCGCAUCUCUCACAGAGCCUUUAGCACAAUCAACCUUCCCACGCCUUCAGGCCUCAAUUUGCAAACGAAUAAUCUUCUCGGCGAAGUGCGGGAUCUCUCCACGCGCGGUCAAGUUAAGGAAGCCCUCUCACUCUUCUACACCCUUCAACCACCACCUCACUGCAAUCAAACCUACGCCACUCUCUUCCAUGCUUGUGCUCGCCACCACUGCAUCCAUGAAGGCUUGUCUUUGCACCAUUACAUGGUUGCCCAGAAACCCAUCAACUCACCUGACCUCUUUGUCACGAACCACCUUAUAAAUAUGUAUGCAAAAUUUGGUUACCUAGAAUACGCCAACCAACUGUUUGAUGAAAUGCCUAGAAGAAACAUUGUCUCUUGGACUGCUCUCAUUUCAGGGUAUGCACAACGCGGGGAAACUGAAAAUUGUUUUCGUUUAUUUGCUGGCAUGUUGGUGCACUACCAACCCAAUGAGUUUGCGUUCGCCAGCGUUCUCAGCUCGUGUGUGAAGAGUGACGUUGGAUAUGGCCGGCAGGUACAUGCGCUUGCUUUGAAAAUGUCUUUGGAUGCUUGUGUUUACGUUGCAAAUGCUCUUAUUACUAUGUAUAGCAAGAUUUGUAAUCAUGGAGGUGUUUAUGAUGUUAGUAAAGACGAGGCGUGGAAUGUAUUUAAGAGCAUGGAGUUCCGGAAUCUUAUAUCUUGGAAUUCCAUGAUUGCAGGGUUUCAGUAUCGUGGACUUGGAGCUCAAGCUAUUCAUCUUUUUAGACAAAUGUACCUUGACGGGAAUGGGUUUGAUCGUGCCACGCUUCUUAGCGUCCUUUCUUCCAUGUGCAGAAGCAAUGACCUUGAUGAUAAUGGGGUUACUAAGUUUUGUUUUCAAUUGCACUGUCUCACCAUCAAAGCUGGGUUUACAUUAAAAAUUGAAGUGGCAACUGCAUUAGUUAAAGCUUAUUCAGAUCUUGGAGGAGAUAUUGCCGACUGUUACAGACUCUUCUCAGAGACAAGUUGUCAUCGGGAUAUUGUUGCGUGGACUGGCAUCAUAACCACCUUUUCAGAGCAAGACCCUGAAGAAGCACUCUUCCUCUUUCGCCAGUUACGCCAGGAGAACUUACUUCCCGACAGGUACACUUUCUCAAUUGUUUUAAAAGCUUAUGCAAGCCUUGCAACCGAGCGCCAUGCCUUGGCAGUUCAUUCACAAGUGAUCAAAGCUGGGUUUGAGGGUGACACAGUCCUUGCAAAUGCCUUGAUCCAUGCCUAUGCUAGGUGUGGCUCCAUUGCCUUAUCUAAGCAAGUGUUUGAUGGAAUUGAAUUUUAUGAUGUCGUUUCUUGGAACACAAUGCUUAAGGCUUAUGCCUUGUAUGGACAAGCUACAGAGGCAUUGCAGCUCUUUUCACAAAUGGACGUCAAACCUGAUUCCGCCACCUUUGUUUCCCUGCUCUGUGCUUGUAGCCAUGCUGGGCUGGUAGAAGAAGGAACCCAAAUCUUUGACUCCAUGCUUGAGAGGUAUGGUAUUGUACCUCAACUUGAUCAUUACGCCUGCAUGGUUGAUAUUCUUGGUCGAGCUGGAAUGAUUGUUGAGGCUGAGGAGCUUGUAAGUAGAAUGCCAAUGGAGCCUGAUUCUGUAGUCUGGAGCGCACUCCUUGGAUCAUGUAGGAAGCAUGGAAAAACACAAUUGGCCAAGUUAGCAGCAAAUAGAUUGAAGGAGCUAGCACCAGAGGAUUCAUUAGGUUAUGUACAAAUGUCAAACAUGUAUUGCUCUGAUGGUAACUUUGGUGAAGCAGGCCUGGUUAGGAAGGAAAUGAAAGGGUCUAGAGUGAAAAAGGAACCUGGAUUAAGCUGGAUUGAGAUCGGAAAUCGGGUCCAUGAGUUUUCAUCUGGAGGCCGACAUCAUCCAGAAAGGAAAGUUAUAUGCAGCAAGCUAGAAGAACUGAUUGUGCGGUUAAAGGAAAUGGGUUAUGUUCCAGACACAAGCUUGUCUGUGCAUGAUGUGGAAGAGGAACACAAAGAGGAGCAAUUGUACCAUCAUAGUGAGAAGCUGGCUUUAGUAUUUGCUAUCAUGAAUGAAGGCAGUUCAAACUGUAGUCGGACUGCUAUUAAAAUAAUGAAGAACAUCAGAAUCUGUGUGGACUGCCAUAACUUCAUGAAGUUAGCAUCAAAUUUACUUCAUAAGGAGAUUUUUGUGAGAGACUCAAACCGGUUCCACCACUUUCAUGAUGGCAUAUGUUCUUGCAAUGACUAUUGGUAACAAACUAGCAACACGAAACCAAAUUAAGCUGGUUGUGCCGGUUUUAUCACUAUGCUUCAUCGGUCCCUGAAUGGUUCAUGCAGAUGCUGUUGAUACAAUCUUUAAUUUAAAGAUAGGCAGUGCUUUUCGAACAACUCAGUUCACUAUGCAAGAAUUACCUGCAUGAGCAUGACUGGAAUUUAUCAGAGCUCGACUGCAAAAGAGAUGAACUGCCUACUUAUAGGAAUGCAAUGCAACUGAUCAUCAUCAAACUUAUAGUCGAUUCAGCAUUGGGUGCUACAACACAUUUGUGUUGAGAACAUAUGAACAGAGUGUAAAGUUUUCGAAACCGAGGACUUGUCGAUUUGCUAAUGUAAGAUGCAAAAAGGCUGUGUUGUACAGUAACAGUAUGAUUGUUGGCAAUUACCAGCAAACCCAUUUUGCGCUUAAAAAAAAUGGCGCAAACCCAUUUUAUGGUUUAAUACCACUGAAAAUGUAUCAAAGAUUUUAAUUAUUAUUUUCUUUUUUGG